AUGGCUUUUUUUUUUUGUUUUGUUUUUAGGCAAAAAGCACUAGCAUCAACCGGUGGGAGAAGUGUUCAGGCAGCUUGUGAUUGGCUCUUCUCUCAUGUGGAUGACCCCUUCCUGGACGACCCUCUGCCCCGCGAGUAUGUCCUGUACCUGCGACCCAUGGGUCCGUUGGCGCAGAAGCUGUCUGACUUCUGGCAGCAAUCGAAGCAGCUCUGUGGCAAGAACAAAGCACACAACAUUUUCCCGCACAUUACGCUCUGCCAGUUCUUCAUGUGUGAAGAUAAAAAUGUGGACGCCUUAUGCGAAGCAUUACAGACCACGGUGACCCGGUGGUGGAAAGCCAAAUUCCCCAAUCCCCUCCCCCUGCAGCUCUACACGUCUUCCAAUUUCAUUGGGCUCUUCGUGAGCGAUGAGUGCGCUGAGAUUCUGAAGAAAUUUGCGGCAGAUUUUUCUGAAGAAGCCUUGAUCAAAACAGACGUCCGGGUGGAGCCGCACAAGAAGCAGUUACAUGUGACUCUGGCAUAUCACUUCCAGGCCAAUCACCUGCCGACCCUGGAAAAGCUGGCCAAUAAUAUCGAUGUGAACCUGGGCUGUGAUUGGGUGGCUGCCAUAUUUUCCCGGGACAUCCGAUACGUCAAUCACGAGACCCUGCAGGUCUUGUACCCCUAUAUACCACAAAACGAUGACGAGCUGGAGCUGGUCCCCGGGGAUUUCAUCUUCAUGUCGCCGGUGGAACAGACCAACACCAGUGAAGGCUGGCUGUACGGGUCCUCGCUGGCUACCGGCUGCUCCGGCCUCCUACCGGAAAACUACGUCACGAAAUCAGACGAGUGCGGCACCUGGGUGUUUCAUGGGUGUGUGUGCCUCCUUAACACAUCAGAUGCCCCCUCUUUUUCUCUCAGCGAUGGGCUGUUGGAUAGACGAGUGCCGGAUGACCAGGGCCUGGUGGACACGGCUUCCCUCACCAUUAUCUGCCAGCCCAUGCAGCCACUGCGGAUUAACUCACAUGCGGGCCCCAGGAAGCGCUGUCUCUUUGUGUGUCGCCAUGGCGAGCGGAUGGACGUGGUGUUCGGGAAAUACUGGCUGUCACAGUGCUUUGAUGCAAAAGGUCGCUAUGUGCGAACCAACCUGAACAUGCCACAGAGUUUACCGCAAAGGAGCGGCGGCUAUCGGGAUUAUGAGAAAGACGCUCCCAUCACAGUGUUCGGGUGCACGCAGGCCAAGCUGGUCGGUCAGGCCUUGCUGGAGAGUAACACAGCUGUAGAUUUCAUAUAUUGUUCCCCAUCCUUGCGUUGCGUACAGACGGCACACAACAUACUGAAAGGCCUCAAGCAAGACAGUAAAGGAAAAAUCCGGGUGGAGCCAGGCUUAUUUGAGUGGACGAAGUGGGUGUCUGGUACCUCGCUGCCCGCCUGGCUCUCACCCACAGAAAUGGCAGCUGCCAAUCUAAAUGUGGACACAACGUACAGACCUCACAUACCGAUCAGCAAGCUGGUGGUAUCCGAGACAUACGACACGUACAUGAGUCGGAGUUUCCAGGUGACAAAGGACAUCCUCAGCGAGUGCAAAGGUAAAGGAAAUAACAUCCUGAUAGUAGCACACGCCUCCUCCCUAGAAGCCUGCACCCGCCAGCUACAGGGUCUCACCCCGCAAAACUCCAAGGACUUUGUACAGGUGGUCAGAAAGAUUCCAUAUUUGGGUUUCUGCUGUUGUGAAGAGCUGGGAGACACAAGCCUGUGGCAGCUGACGGACCCCCCGAUUCUCCCGCUCACUCAUGGGCCCACUGGGGGAUUUAACUGGAGAGAGACUUUACUGCAGGAGUGA